AUGGACAAGGCUACUCUGCUCACGGCGUCCAAAGUGGAGCUGGGGGUUUCGGUCAAUCCCCGCUCUGACAUCAUCAGGCUACUGGGCCCUGCCGUGGAAAUUGCUCUCCGUUUCCAAAGCCUCCUCAGCUCCAUCUCCCUCUUCCUCUGCUUGCGCGCAUGGUUCCUCGCCAGUGUCACCGUCGCCAACGUCCUAUAUGCAAGCAAAGUUGUCGCCCUGCAGGCUUUCAUCGCAACCAAGUUUGGCGCAUUCCACAGCUAUACAAUGUCAACCAGAGCCGCUCAUGGAGUCUGGAACUCUCAAACCAUCCAAAAGUUGCGCAAGAAGCUCUUUUACGAAUUUGCCGUCUUUAUUCUCGGUGGCGGUAACUGCGUCUUCGUCCUGGUAUUCUGGCCCGGGUGGUGGGUGAUUGGAGGAGCAUCUUGGGGUGUUUGGAUGCUCAUCGGUUGA